AUGGUUCGACUUAUAAAUAACUUUACAGUUUCCUGUAGAGAAGUAAUAAAUAAUGAAUUAGUAAAUGUUAAUUACGUUUCGGAAAAUCCGGAAAAUUGUUAUUGUGACUUUAGAAUAAAUCUUCGUUAUUGUAAAGGAGAACAAUUCUAUCUUAUAGCGACUUGGAUAUUAGUGAUUUAUUCAAUAUUAAUCGGAUGUAUAUCCAUGUACUUUUUGUAUAACCAAGUAUUUAUUGUUGGUCAAUCCUUAUUUUUUCCUCCUUCGAGAUUUAGAGGAAUUCUUCGACCACGUCCGCAGGAAACAUUUCAUUUGAUUUGUUUUUCAUGUAAUUUAUUACAAGUUAUUCAUCUUUUAGUUAAGUUAUUUGAUGGAUACCAAAAUACUUUGCAUGCAGAACUUUAUCUUGACAUACCGCGUCUAGUAUCAUAUGCGCUCGCCACACUUUAUCCUAUAAGCAUAAUUCAUUCGACACCGAAUAUUGAUGCAAACACAACAGUAGCUAUACGAUGGGCACCAAAUAAAUAUUUAAUAGAUAUUGUGGGAUUUUCUUUAAUGAUUUGUCCUUUUAUAAGUAAUAUCCCUUUGGCAAUUUAUACGGGAUAUUAUGCUGAUAUUAAUGAAAUUGAAAAAGCGAAUUUUUUUUUUAAAAUUCAUUAUAUAAUGUGGAGUUUUUGGACUUUUGUUUUAUUAAUGACAAUAAUAAUAUUUUGGUAUAAAUUAAUCAGUAUAUUAAAUAAUCAUAUAAAAAUAAUUAGUAAUCAAAGAGACAAUGGAAUUAUUUUUGAUGAAAAAUGGAAAGUAGAAAAAUUAAAAAAGUCUGCUAAAAAUUUAACGGUAGUCGUGGCUGCUUUUGGGUCAAUCUUUAUAUUAUAUUGUGUAAUUUGUUUAAUUAGUGCUUUCCUUUUUAAAUCGACUACAAUUUAUAAUUUGGGAUUAAAUAUGGCUGCUAUGUUUAUAAUGAAUUACGUAAUUCCGGUAUCAUUUAACAUUGCUCAAUUCGUUAUUAUAUAUCAUAAAUUACGAUCGUCACGAGAAAAUCCUAUUUCCACACCUUUAACGAUACUUUCACAUAAACGACGAACCAACAAGUCACGUGAUGAUGAUGAUGACGACGAAGAAAAUAUUACUCCAGAAAACGAUAAUGAAGAUAAUGAAAUCAUUUCAAUUACAUCAUCAAAACGUAAACCAAAACCAUUAGAAUCAAUACAUCGUCAUUUUAAUGAUGAUAAUUUUUCAAUAUCAAAUAGAUCAAAUAUAUCAAUUAUAUCAAAUAAAUCAUCACAUAAUGAAUUAUUUUCAUAUCAUCAUUUAAAUAAAUCAGAUAGACAAAUUUAUAGAUAUGGAUAUGAAUCAAGUAAUAAUAGUUCACCAAAAAGUUUUAAAUUUAAUUAUAAAUAUUCAAGUGGUGGUGAAACUUCUACUUUAAUAGGAACUAAUAAUAAUAAUAAUAAUUAUAAUUAUAAGCAUAAUUCAUUAGGAAUUUCUUCUUUAAAUUCAACUUUUUUAGGUUCUUCAAGUAAUUUAUCAUCUCCUUCUGAUAGGGAUGAAUUUUAUAUUAAUGGAAAUUCUCCUUUAAAAAAUAAUUUUGAUGUAAAUAUUCAAAAAGAAGUAAAUUUUAGUAAUAAUAAUAGUAAUAAUAAUAGUAUUAUUAUUGAUGAUGAUGAUGAUGAUAGUAUUUUUAAUAUUGAUAAAAAAGAAUGGUUGGCUAAAAAACCUAGGAGAAUUCCUUUAAAAAAGAGUACUAUGUAG